UAAAAUUCCAAAAAUAGCUGCUGAAACACACGACACGAGACGAGAUCAAUCUCAACAAACAAAUAACCAGAAAGGGAAAAAAAAAAUACCAUGGCAAUUACAUCUCAUAUGCCAAACCUCAGCUAUGUUCCUCUAGACCGUCCUGCCUCUUUCUCACACCUUCCUUGCAACGAAUUUCUUCGUAUUCAAAGCAACAGAGCUUCAACAUCGACCAGCUUCAGUUUGGGCAUCAAUGUCUCCAGGAAGCAAUGUAAACCCAUGUUGGUGCGAAGCAUGGGUUCUUCAUUUGGGUCAAGGCUUGAGGAGAGUGUUAAGAAGACCGUGGCUAGUAACCCAGUUGUUGUAUACUCUAAGUCUUGGUGCUCGUAUUCUUCAGAGGUGAAAUCAUUGUUCAAGAAACUUGGUGUGGAGCCUUUGGUUAUUGAAUUGGAUGAAAUGGGUGCCCAAGGGCCUCAAGUGCAGAAGUUGCUGGAGCGGCUUACUGGGCAACACACUGUCCCAAAUGUUUUUAUUGGGGGUAAACACAUCGGUGGCUGUACAGCAGAUACUGUCAAACUAUAUCGUAAAGGAGAACUGGAACCUUUGCUGUCAGAAGCUACCGCAAAAAGUAAGGAAAACUAGCUCAUUCGAUAUGAUCCUGUGGCAAACUUCAGAUCCUAUUACAAGGCUCGCCAUUUUCCUUCUCUUUAAGCAGAUAUGUUCCAUUCUAUUAUAUUUAUUUACUUCAGAACCCCAUAAGUUAAUUGUUUAAAAUCUCCUUAUUCAAACUAGAUGCUAAAAGUAUGAAACCGUUGCAUGUUAUCCCAUGUGAACCAUGUUUGAUUAUAUGACCAAAUUCUUAACCGGUAGGAUUUAGUGAUUCAUGAGUUCCUGGAAAAGAAGAAAUGAAUCGAAAAUAAUGUUGCAGACUGCAGUUUACAAGUA